ACCACCGGAAGUGUGUCCGUGUGCGUGGCCUCGUCUUGACUGUGGUAACUAAUCCAAGCGGCAGAGACGAGCGCAGCAGAAGGUCGCGACGUCCAGGACUGAGCCGAGGUUUGCGAGCGGGACCGGGACAGACACGCGGAGACUUCCGCCCACAGGACCUCCCGGCUGCGCUCUCAUUUCUUUCCCCGGCGCGACAAGUGGGUCUUUGGGACUCGUGGAGACAGUUUACCGAGCGAGCUUCCAGUUCCCGAGUCGAUCACCUCGGCAUGGCUUCAACAACCUGCACCAGGUUUACCGACGAGUACCAGCUGUACGAGGAGCUGGGGAAGGGGGCCUUCUCUGUGGUGAGGCGGUGCAUGAAGAUCUCCACGGGGCAGGAGUAUGCUGCAAAGAUAAUCAACACCAAGAAGUUGUCUGCUAGAGAUCACCAGAAGUUGGAGCGCGAGGCCAGGAUCUGCCGCCUGCUGAAGCACUCCAACAUCGUGCGGCUGCACGACAGCAUAUCAGAGGAAGGAUUCCACUAUCUGGUCUUUGACUUAGUCACUGGUGGCGAGCUGUUCGAGGACAUCGUUGCCAGGGAGUACUACAGUGAAGCUGAUGCCAGUCACUGCAUUCAGCAGAUCCUAGAGGCUGUGCUGCACUGCCACCAGAUGGGCGUGGUCCACCGCGACCUCAAGCCAGAGAAUCUGCUUCUGGCCAGCAAGCUGAAGGGCGCUGCAGUCAAGCUGGCAGACUUCGGCCUGGCCAUCGAGGUUCAAGGAGAUCAGCAGGCGUGGUUCGGUUUCGCUGGGACACCAGGAUACCUGUCUCCAGAGGUGCUGAGGAAAGAUCCCUAUGGCAAGCCAGUGGACAUGUGGGCCUGUGGAGUGAUCCUCUACAUCUUACUCGUGGGCUAUCCUCCCUUCUGGGACGAGGACCAGCACAGGCUGUACCAGCAGAUCAAGGCUGGGGCGUAUGAUUUUCCCUCCCCAGAGUGGGACACGGUGACCCCCGAGGCCAAAGACCUGAUCAAUAAGAUGCUGACCAUUAACCCAGCCAAGAGAGUGACGGCCACCGACGCACUCAAACACCCCUGGAUCUGCCAACGCUCCACUGUGGCAUCCAUGAUGCACAGACAGGAGACUGUGGAGUGCCUCAAGAAAUUCAACGCCAGGAGGAAACUCAAGGGUGCCAUCCUGACAACGAUGCUCGCCACUCGAAACUUCUCAGCCAAGAGCCUGCUGAAUAAAAAACCGGAUGGUGUCAAAGUAAGUACCGUCACACUCCAGAUCACUGGGGGUGACCAGGAUGAAGAAGCUCGAAAGCAGGAGAUCAUCAAGGCCACUGAGCAGCUGAUUGAGGCCAUUAACAAUGGAGACUUUGAAGCCUACACGAAGAUAUGUGAUCCUGGUCUCACAUCCUUUGAACCUGAAGCCUUGGGUAACCUGGUGGAGGGCACAGACUUCCACCGCUUCUACUUUGAGAACGCUCUGUCUAAGGGGAAGCAGCCCAUCCACACCAUCCUGCUCAACCCUCACGUCCACCUCAUUGGCGAUGACGCCGCCUGCAUUGCCUACAUUCGCCUCACCCAGUACAUCGAUAGCAGCGGCAUGCCUCGCACCAUGCAGUCAGAGGAGACUCGCAUCUGGCACCGCCGUGACAGCAAGUGGCAGAAUAUCCACUUCCACCGCUCCGGCUCUCCCACCAUUCCCACCAAGUAA